ACCCAGCCCCCGCUGCCACUUAAAGGCUCCCGGAGCCUCAGCCGUCGGGUCGCCGCGGCUUUCGCUUUGCCGCCGCGGCUGGGCGGGAGGGAGAGGCGGGCUCGGCGGCCGGCGGGCUUGCGUCCUGGCUCCGGCAGCGUCGAGGGGCGCUCCUCGGCCAGCCCUCCCGGCUAAGGGAUUCCCUUCCGAGGCGCCCGCGCCCCCGGGCUCCCCGCCUCGGCCACCCCGCGGCCCCGAUGCCGAGGCAUGGAUAGAGCGGCGCUGCGCGCGGCGGCGAUGGGGGAGAAGAAGGAGGGCGGCGGCGGGGGGGACGCGGCGGCCCCAGAUGGGGGCGCCGGGGCCGCGGCCAGCCGGGCGCUGCAGCAGUGCGGGCAGCUCCAGAAGCUCAUCGACAUCUCCAUCGGUAGCCUGCGCGGGCUGCGCACGAAGUGCGCCGUGUCCAACGACCUCACCCAGCAGGAGAUACGGACCCUGGAGGCAAAGCUGGUCCGGUACAUCUGCAAGCAGCGGCAGUGCAAGCUGAGCGUGGCUCCCAGCGAGAGGACCCCGGAGCUCAACAGCUACCCUCGCUUCAGCGACUGGCUGUACACCUUUAACGUGAGGCCGGAGGUGGUACAGGAGAUCCUCUGCGAGCUCACGCUGGAUGCCCUGCUGGACAUGAACGAGGCUAAGGUGAAGGAGACGCUGCGGCGCUGCGGGGCCAGUGCCGAGGAGUGUGGCCGCCUGCAGUACGCCCUCGCCUGCCUGCGGAAGGUGACAGGCCUGGGCGGGGACCACAAAGAAGACUCGGGCUGGAGUUCGUCCGAUGCCCGACGGGAAAGUGGUUCCGGGCCUCCCGCGGACAGCCUCUCGUCAGCCAGCCUGCCCUGGCCCCCAGGAAGUUCCCAGCUGGGCAGAGUGGGCAGCGGUGCCCAGGGCCCACGCUCCGUCUCCGUGUCCGCUCUGCCCACCUCGGACUCCCCAAACCCCGGCCCCGGCGAGGGCCUCGCGGACCCCUGUAUCUCCCUGCACACCAGCGGCCGGCUGACGCCCCGCGCGCUGCCCAGCUUCAUCACUCCGCCGACCACGCCCCAGCUCCGCCGGCACACCAAGCUGAAACCGCCCAGAACGCCGCCCCCGCCCAGCCGCAAGGUCUUCCAGCUGCUGCCCAGCUUCCCCACGCUCACCCGGAGCAAGUCCCACGAGUCUCAGCUGGGGAACCGCAUCGACGAGGUCUCCCCGAUGAGGUUCGAUCUCCUGCACGGAUCCCCACAGAUGGUACGAAGGGACAUCGGGCUCUCGGUGACACACAGGUUCUCCACCAAGUCCUGGCUGUCGCAGGUCUGCCACGUGUGCCAGAAGAGCAUGAUGUUUGGAGUGAAGUGCAAGCAUUGCAGGUUGAAGUGUCAUAACAAGUGUACAAAAGAAGCCCCCGCCUGUAGAAUAUCCUUCCUUCCACUACCCAGGCUUCGGAGGACAGAAUCUGUCCCCUCGGACAUCAACAAUCCGGUGGACAGAGCAGCUGAACCCCAUUUCGGAACCCUCCCCAAAGCACUGACCAAAAAGGAGCAUCCUCUGGCCAUCAACCACCUGGACUCCAGCAGCAACCCAUCCUCCACCACGUCUUCCACGCCCUCCUCGCCAGCGCCCUUCCCGACGUCGUCCAACCCACCCAGUGCCACCACGCCCCCCAACCCCUCGCCCGGCCAGAGGGACGGCAGGUUCAACUUCCCAGACAUUUCGGCAUUUCCUCAGGCAGUCCCAUUCGCCGAGGCGGACAGUUCCCGGCUUGAGAACCCGCCAAAAGCAGAUGUGUCCGAGGAUCACGAAGUGGAGGCUGAGGAGCCCGAGGCCAGCAGGUCGGAGGUCGAAGACGACGAGGACGAGUUGGAUGACCUGCCGAGCUCCCGCCGGCCCUGGCGAGGCCCCAUCUCUCGCAAGGCCAGCCAGACCAGCGUGUACCUGCAGGAGUGGGACAUCCCCUUCGAGCAGGUGGAGCUGGGCGAGCCCAUCGGGCAGGGCCGCUGGGGCCGGGUGCACCGCGGCCGCUGGCACGGCGAGGUGGCCAUCCGCCUGCUGGAGAUGGACGGCCACAACCAGGACCACCUGAAGCUGUUCAAAAAGGAGGUGAUGAACUACCGGCAGACGCGGCACGAGAACGUGGUGCUCUUCAUGGGGGCCUGCAUGAACCCGCCGCACCUGGCCAUCAUCACCAGCUUCUGCAAGGGACGGACGUUGCAUUCGUUUGUGAGGGACCCCAAGACAUCUGUGGACAUCAACAAGACCAGGCAGAUCGCCCAGGAGAUCAUUAAGGGAAUGGGAUAUCUCCAUGCCAAGGGCAUCGUGCACAAAGAUCUCAAAUCCAAGAACGUCUUCUACGACAACGGCAAAGUGGUCAUCACAGACUUCGGGCUGUUCGGGAUCUCAGGCGUGGUCCGAGAGGGACGGCGUGAGAACCAGCUGAAGCUGUCACAUGACUGGCUGUGCUACCUGGCCCCCGAGAUCGUGAGGGAGAUGACCCCCGGGAAGGACGAGGACCAGCUGCCCUUCUCCAAAGCGGCUGACGUCUAUGCAUUCGGGACCGUUUGGUAUGAGCUGCAAGCCAGAGACUGGCCCUUGAAGAACCAAGCUGCGGAGGCCCUGAUCUGGCAGAUUGGAAGCGGAGAGGGAAUGAAGCGAGUCCUGGCCUCCGUCAGCCUGGGGAAGGAAGUCACCGAGAUCCUGUCCGCCUGCUGGGCCUUCGACCUGCAGGAGAGGCCCAGCUUCCCCCUGCUGAUGGACAUGCUGGAGAAGCUGCCCAAGCUGAACCGGAGGCUCUCGCACCCCGGGCACUUCUGGAAGUCUGCCGAUAUUAACAGCAGCAAAGUUGUAUCCCGGUUUGAAAGGUUUGGCUUGGGCGUCCUGGACUCCAGUAAUCCAAAGAUGUAGCCAGCUCUGCCAUUUUUCUGACAUUGUAUUUCUUUCUUAAAUGGGUUUCUAAAACAUCCAAACAACCGCCACGACAAAAAAGCAGCACUCUUCAAAACGCCAGCCAUCCUCCUAAGUGCUGCGGGUCAGGAGCGUGAGGCCUCGGUUUAGACUGUUCGUCCGUAAAGACACUGGGGUCCCGGAGAUGGAGCCGCGCCUGCUGUUUCUUAAAAUGACAUCACCAACAAGCAGACCUGUCCCGACAGACAGCAAAUGUUUACAUGUAUGUUUCUGCAGAGUUGGACUCGUUGUACAAUAGGUGAUAAUAAAAACCGUCUGUGCAGAGGUCACUGGCACCGAGGGCAGAAGUGGCCGUCCCCUCUGGAGGACCCUGUAGGAGUGAGGCACCCACACUGGUUCAGAGGAAGAAAAGCAUCGUGUUUGUGGCUGUUCCCCAAGCAGGAUGGUGGGGGGACCACAAGGUUUGACCCGGCCUCUGCGUUGGCCCUAAAUCCCAUCUCCCCUCGUCCUACCGAAGGGCUGCUGUCCCUUCCUCCUCUUGCAGAGGACACCCUGACCAGGAGCCGAGCUGGAUUAUGAGGGUCGGGAGUUCACAGAGAGCUUGGGUUCACCUUUGACCCUUGUAAUCCAGUCCAUACCUGCUGGAAAAAGCAGAGACAUAAAAUCCAAAUAACAUCUGGACUGAUCCAGUGGUUCCCAGCCAGGGUUUCCAGUGCCUGGGAAGAUGUCUCUUCCAUGAAGCCCGCAGGGGAGGCGCCAGGAAGAUGGGACUAAGGGCUUUGGCUGUUUAGAAACAUCCCAGUCCCUGACUGACACUUGACCCCAGAGCUAAGGCCUAGCCCAGCAGCUGCGUACGUCAUGAAGGCUUGAUCCAUGAGAACAGGGAAAGUAGGGGGAGGGAGAAGUGGCAAGCAGAGGGUCCCUGAGCCCACCCUCCUAGCCACAGGGUGCCCUGGCCCAUCACCAGUCUUGCCGAGGUUCCGGAACUGCCCACCUCUUCCAGCCCUCAGUCCUGUUGAAACCCCUUAGCCCACUGCUGACUCCUCCACUGCCCGUGUUCAGAGCUCUUAGCCGCGGUGGGAGCCACGUGCCCUUCCCCGCUUUCACUCGGACCCAGCUAGCAAGCCCCCAGCCUUCAGAGUCUUCCCAAGCACCAAGUCAGGCCCCCUACUUGUGUCCCUUUGGACGAGAGGAGGGGCCGGGUUGGGAAAGUCCAGGAUAUGACAGUGUCCUGCCUGUCCUCGUUAGAAGCUGACACCUAAAGAGAAAAGUUCCAAAUGGCAAAGAAGCCCUUCAGUGAAGGUUACGUCAUCGUAUCAAGCUCCAAAGCCAGAAAUGAUCAAGGGCGACGAAAGUGGAGAGGAGGUUGUCUUCAGACCCAGAACCCGCGUCCACGCUUAGAGCCGCCGAGACGGGGAGACACGUGGCCCUCCUACCCCAUUUACGUAGACCCGUCGAGCCAGGCUCCCACCCUGGAGUCUGGCGAAACAUCAUGCGAGAUGGGCCGCUUUGCCUGGAGGCUGCGGGGCUGCCUUCUUGGCUCUGGGCCAGGCACCCCUCUGGGCCAGGCAGCCGUACAGGGUACCCGGGCCUCCACGGCCAUCAGCACCUCAACCCUUCCCGCUCGGGGUGUGGGAAGGAAGACGAAGGGGCUGUAAACCGACUGGACUCAGCUCUGUGGGUCUUUUCUCCUCUGUGGGACUCUUCGCGUCUCCCCGUCAUUCCUCUGGCCUCUGGGUCAGCCGCUCCUAUGAUUUCCCCACCCAAAGCCACGUGGGAUGUGACUCCGCCUCUGGUUGUCAGGCCCCUCCCCCCACCCCGACAUUGGCGCCUUCCCGGAGGUCACAGUUCAUGCCUCUCACCUUUCCCCUCUGAACCCUUGGACGGUGCAGUUGGGCCGAGGGGCUGGGACAGCAGCUAAGCAAGUCACGCUCACCUCACGGCCCACAGAAAGUCAGUCUGGGUUUUGUUUUUCUUCUUCGGGGCUCUCACACUCUUGGGUCAGUUUAGAAAGCUUUCAUGGAGCACCUACUGUGUGCAAGUGCAGGGGGCCAGGGAUGGGAGCAGUCACAGUGCCUGCCCUAGGGGACUCAAGAUCUGCCAGGAACCCUGAGGGUGGGACUGGGGCCACCCACUUCCUCUCCAGGGCCCCGGAUGCCUUCCCACGCUCGGCCUGAGCCUCUGCACUGCCUGUCAGUUAAGAGAAGCACCUGCGGAACCCCCCCGGGUGGCCCCCCUCUCCCUGUCUCUACUUAAUUGACUGUGAAUUGAGGUUAGGAAGACAUGCCGCCCUUCCGUGUGCUGCCCCCCAUGCCUGUCUGCCUUGGAAACACAUGAAGGACAGCAGAUACUGUGAAUUCAGCCCUCACAGCCAACUGUGAAAGGGAUGGAGAAAGCCGGGAGGCCUCCUGGGCAAAAGGUCGGGGGCUGUGGAGGUCCCCACGGGGUCUGAGAGUGGAGCCCAAGCUUCAACCCUUCAGCUCCCCCACCCGCCACUUCCCACCCUCACCUCCAAAACCCUGGGAUCUGUCCCUGCUGCCUUUAAACACGAGAGCCACAACCCCUGCGUCUCCAUGCAACUCGAGGUCCUGAACCCCAAGUUCCCCACCAGUUGUGAGUGGCGUGUAGCUGACCGCUCCAUGUCACCAAAUUGAAGAUGUGUGCAGGGCCUGGAAUCCCUCUGCCCUCUCAUGGCAUUUCUUUCUGUGAUCGCCGAGGGGCGUGGCAUGCCCUGUAAGCCCCUGGUGGUGGUGGCCUUUGUUGAUCUGGGUGCCAGGUGGAGACAUAAAUGUGAAGCUGGUUUGAGAGCUUGUGCGACGCUGCCUGGUCAGCCAGGAUUUCAUCCGUGUGUGCAAACCCAGCAUCUUCUGUGGCCACGAGGCACAUACUUGCUUUUUUGAAUGUGAUGUAAAAUUUGUACAGUAAAAGUUUUUAUAUUUUCUAUCAACUGCAUUUGUCUUCCAGAAAUGCUAUUAAUUUAAAUUAAAACGGUUAGUAUUAACAGA